UGCGCGGGCGCAGUCCAGAAGGGGGGGAGAGGAGGAGGACGGGCGACUGGGCGUGACUAGAAUGGCGAGAGAAAGGGCCAAGAUGGCCUGAUGAAUGUGAGUAGAUGGGAGAGAAAACCCGACAAAGAAAAAUAUAUAUACGCCCGGCCAAAAUGGAGAAUAAGGAGGAGAAGGAAGUCUGAACGCGAACGCAGAUCGGCCAGUCACACGUCGAGAGACAGGGGACCGAGAGAGACGGGAGGCGGAAGACAGUGGCCACAGCUGCAAAAGAGAAGAAGAAGAAAAACGAACGCCGGGGCCAGCUAUUCAGCACAGAAGAAUUCUUCAUUGAUCCCGCGACCGUUGCCGUCCCCACGCGGCCACAACCGCUCACUUAAACUCUCCCGACAACAGCCGACAACACCCCCGAACACAAAAAUAUAAAAGUUGAUUUUCAGUGUUCAUUCGGUCUACAUCACCUUUGCCAGACAACACCUCCCCGCAUUGCACAUUUAUUGCACAAUCAAGUAAGUUUCAACAUUUCAAUUUUUAAUGAUUCUUGGAAAAAUUAUAAAAUGUGGUGGAAAGAUUAGACACACGCGUCGUGUGCCCAUGUGGAUUGGAUUGCCAUUAUCUCUUAUUACAACACCCAGUGUGCUGUUUUUAUAAUUCAAUUUGAUUUGAUUGGAAGGGGAGAAGAAUGUAGCUGGUAUCAAAGGCCGACGAAAUCCAGUUUACAAGGGCCUUUCCAUUUCGUUUGAUCGUCCAUUUUCCCUUUCGUCUCUUUUUCUUUCUCUCUCUGGGGAAGGGGGCUGCGGGAGGAAAAAUUCACGUUGCAAGGCGUCGUGAGUUUGUUAGAGUAGUAGGAGUAACGGUGCUUUAUCGAAAUCCCAAAGUCCCCGGGAUAUAUACGCCCGAGUGUGUGUCUUAUGAGUGUGUGUACAUCGACCUGGCCGCUCCGGCGUGAACAACUUUUUUUUUUUUGGUCGGGGGUUUAUCCCGGCCCUUGAGGCAUUUUCGCUAAUAUUUUGUUUCCUUUUUUGAAAAUUUCUUUGAAAUUUUGUUUAUUUUCUUGUACGGGGAAGAAGAAGAAGAAGUCGAUGGCCUUUGGCAUCUUUGGUGUAGCGGGUGGGCGACGGCUAGCCAAGUGCACACACAACACGCAGACGCGUCGCCCCAGCAGACGCAUUCAAUCGAUUAUUUCCAGACGCAUCAAACACGCAAUUUUUUUAAAGAAGAAGAAGAGCCCAAAAAUCAUCCAGCGGUUAUUUUGUGGUCAUUUUUCCAACUUUUUUUCGCUCUAAAAAGAAUUAAUAACAAGAAAAUUCGGUGGCGAAAUGUAACGGGAAAUGGAUUGUCGGGUCGGGACUAACUUGAUGGGGAGCGGCUUCGAUUCGAUUGUCUUUUGUCGUUCGUGCGUCGAGGCUUUUUUUGAUCAUGCCGCCGGUUAAUGGACGACGACGAGAGUCGAUGGCGGAAAAUAUAAAAGGGGUGGGAGACGUCAACAAACGAGUCGACUUGCAGAUUGAUCGCGACCGACGACGACGAUCGGCGUUGCCAUGGCAACUAUUUCGGGUCGUUCACGCUCGUUUGGUUGGGGGAAGAGUCGGUUAUUUUUCUUUCCCGUUUGGUAGACGUAGGGGAGGGCAGUUCCGUCUCGCCUUUUUUCGGUCGACACGAUGACGGAACAAAUGACAAAAGACACAAAAGCCAUACGAGAGAGAUAGUCCAAAACAUCAGUCGAUUGUUUUUUCUCCCAUUUGACUUUGUCCAUGUCAAGAACAAUCAGAAAAAUGGAUGCAAAUGUUGUUGUUGUUGUUGUUGUGUGGUUGCUGUCAUGGUGUUUGAACCUCAACUUUUAUUUAUUUUCUGAUCGGCUUUCUCUUCUUCUUCUUUGGCCGUUUUCUCGACGAUCACGCCACUUGGUGGUCGACUGCUGGUUGGUUAUCCCGCCAUCGACCCACUCUGCUGGUCCCUCUCCCUCCCACCCACCUCCUUUUUUCUUAUCGUCUGCUAGUGGAUGGUGUACCUUUUCUAGAUGUGGGGAUAACACGAAACCAGGAGUUGCAACUGAAAUUUUUCCAACUGUUUUCGCCAACAAGAAUUUUUUUUUACUUGUUGGUCAAUUUCAUGAAUGGAAGAGAUGGCCAGCAACAUCAAACAAGAUAUAGAAAUAGAGAAAAGUUUAGGCUGGCUAUAUUGCACAUGCGCAUUCAUCCAAAACAUUUUACGUUAAAUUUUUUGAUCCCAUGACAUUUUAAAUUUCGAAUCAUUUUGACAGAUGCGGAUUUGAGUCACAAUUUUUAUAUGGAUGCGAUUUAAUUUGUGGUUGAUUCGUUAAAUUAUAUUGUUCCUCUUCUGUCUCUGUGUGUAUCAACACUGCUGCUGGCCAGGUAGACGCUUCUCUGCCUUCUCAUUUUUCUUGGAAGCCUUCAGGGCUGGAAGUGACCUGUAUUCUCUUUUUUUCUCUCUCCUUUCGUUUUGGCUUGUGGUAUGGAAUACCCGAAAGCUCCUCUCUACCUACCUCCUCCUCCUCCUUGUUCACCUGGAGGAGAACCACUUAAGGGCUAGUAGUCGAACCACCUGUGCCGGACGACAGUCAGUUGGAAUUCUUCUGCUCUGCCGUUUACACCCCUCGACUAUUCUCUCUUUCGUCUUGUUUCUUCCGAUUAUUUAAACCUCGCCAGUUUUCCUACGAGUGAUUUGUGCGUGUCCAGGGUUAAGGGGGGACUCUAGUGAGGGUCUCUGCUUCUUGUCGACGAAAGAGAUUUCGAUCAAAAGUUUAUUUUUAAUCAACCUCUCUUUUUCCAAUUCUCUUUUGGCUAUUUUCAACUUGUCUAUUCCCCAUUUCCUGGGUUACUACAUCUUGUGUGUGCGUGUGUGUGGUUGUCAUCGAGUUGGAAAAUUAAAUCACCAAUCGAUUGAUUGAUUGAUUAUUCAAUAACGAAUAAUUCAAUUGGACAUGUCUGCCGGUAGUAACGCGACAGAGGCGAUUGGAGCGACGACGGCUUCCGCCGCUUCAUCCAGCAGCAACACCAUGGACCACCUGAUGACGAUGCCCAACUAUUCGUACAUUUUCAAGUUCGAGGACGAAUUCGAGCACACGGACGCCAAGAUUUGGUUCAACCGCUACUGGACGGGCUGUUUCUAUUACGUUGGCAUCUACAUGCUCGUCAUCUUCACUGGACAGCAGCUCAUGGCCAAUCGGCCGCGCUACGAACUGCGAGGGCCACUCAUUUGCUGGAACAUUUUGCUGGCCACGUUUAGCAUCAUCGGAGCGUGUCGCACCAUCCCCGAAUUAGUUUACGUCACCCGCCAUUUCGGACUCUACCACUCCAUCUGCGUUCCCAGUUACAUCGAAGAUGACAAAGUUUCUGGUUUUUGGGCGACCAUGUUUGUGCUGUCAAAAGUGCCCGAGUUGGGCGACACCAUGUUUAUCGUUUUGCGCAAGCAGCCGCUCAUUUUCCUUCACUGGUAUCACCACGCCACCGUCUUGGUUUACUGUUGGUACGCAUUCAAAGAGUACACUGCGCCAGCGCGUUGGUUCAUCGUGAUGAACUUUACCGUUCACGCGUUCAUGUACUCGUAUUACGCCCUCAAGGCUAUGAACUAUCGGGUCCCGCGCUUCGUCUCCAUGGCCAUCACGGUCGCCCAGCUCUCGCAGAUGGUGGGCGGAUGCGCCGUCAACCUCUGGGCUUACCAAUUGAAGCAGAACGGCGAGGCGUGCAACGUCAGCGAACACAACAUCAAGAUGUCGCUGCUCAUGUACUUUUCGUACUUUGUCCUUUUCGCCCGCUUCUUCUACAAGGCGUACGUCGACCGACGGGCUCCGCGCAAGGGGCUAGUCGACACCAGGGGGUCGUCGGGGACGGCCAGCAUCGAUCACAGCAGCAACGGAACGGCCAAGAAAGUCCAGUAGAGUCCAGCCGCCGAGAAAAAACAGAAACGCUUGGCCAGCGACAAAAUGGAAAAAAUCACUGAGCUUCUUCGGGAAAGAACGGGGGAAAAAAAAUGGCGAAAAAAACAUUCCUGAUUAAAAAAUAAAACAAUUCCAAAAUGAAAAGAAAGAAAAAAUGAUGAUAAAAAAAAAAGAGAUUGUAAAGGGGAUGCACAUGGAGCUGGUCGUCCUUUCAACUCGUGUUGGUUUUAUAGUCUUUAUCAAAAAAACAAAUUAGAUUAGCAGAUUAAUAAGGGGAUUUUUUCCAACAGGAGGAAAUUGAUUGUCUUUUUUUUUCGUGUAUCAUUUAUUAUUUACCUUUUAUUUUUUUUUCCUUCCCUCUAUCAUAGGCCUACAUAUACAAAAUGUUGUGGUGCUCUCUUUGCACGCUCUUAAUUCUGAUGGGCUGAUUGCUAUGCGAUGGAAGCCGACUGUGCAUGUUUCUUCCCCCUUUACUUUUGCUUACAUCACACAAUCCGCCGUUACAAUAAUUUUUCUUCUCAUUUUUCAUCUGAUUUUCUUACGUUUUGUAUAAACAUGAAUUGAUCCAAUCACGUGGGUUCAAGUUUAGUUCAAGUGUUGAUUUGCGCGGUCGCAAAAUAGCUGCAAAGAAAUGAGCCAAUUGAUGUCAUUUAUCCGCUGUUUUGUUCCAAAGUCUCCCAAUAAGUUGAUGUUCCCGCUGCUGCUCGUCUUAUUUCAAUGAUUGGCCCCUCCCAAUUGUCUGCACUGCGAUCCCACAUGUCAUCAAUGGCGGAACGA